GGGGUGGACUGAAGUGGCAAGAAACCUGUUGCUGGCAACUAGGAUCCGCAGCCGGUCUACACGGGUUUUCAUCUCCCUUCUUGAAGAACAAAGGUGGCCCCGCCGGGAGGGAUCAUCCGUCCCUCGUUCCGUCCCACUCUGCCCCUUUCUUCUUCAUCCAAAUCCGCUCCCUCGAGCCCCUUGAAUCUUGAAACCAUCUAUCUAUAUAUGUGAAAUACCCAUCACCUCACGUAUCCUGAAUCAAUCUCCACAAGGGAAAACGCCGCGAGGAAGAAGAAGCAGAAAGCAUGUCGAUUUGCUCUUCUUUCCGAGCAUUCCACCCAAGCAUCACCCGUAAACUCUACCUCAAAAAACCCAUCAGAUUCACCGCCAGAUUCAUCUCCAUAACUCCAUACUACUCCCCAUCAUCAUCGAAGAAGAAGUCCCCAAAACCCAUCUCCCCUUUGACUCCCGUCUGCGUCCAAUCGGUGGAACAGCUGCCGCCCAAGCUCCAGAACAUCAUCCGUCUCUUCGACACGGUGAAAGACCCCCGGGCGAAGUACGAGCAAUUGCUCUACUACGGCAAGCAGCUGAGCCCAAUGGCCGAGGAGUACAAAACCCCGGAGAACAAGGUGCUGGGAUGCGUCUCCCAGGUUUGGGUUAGGGCCUUCCUCGACGACGAGAAACGAAACGUCUUCUUCGAGGCUGAUUCGGAUUCCGGACUCACCAAGGGUCUGGCCGCACUUCUCGUGGAGGCGUUCUCCGGCCACCCACCGUCCGAUAUAGUCGGGGUGUCACCGGAAUUCAUCCAGAUGCUCGGGCUGAAGCAGAGCCUCACCCCUUCGAGGAAUAACGGAUUCCUGAACAUGCUGAAGCUGAUGCAGAGGAAGGCCCUGGAGCUCUUCAUGGACUCUCAGGGGAUGUCCACUCGAGAAGGCGGCGCUAGUCCAGCGGAGAAUCCGGGGAUCGAUGGAGGUUUGAUGGCGGAUGAUGAAGGAGAAGAGAUGAACUUGGAGUCGGAUGAAGAUGAGGAUGAUGGGGAAGCCUGCCCUCUCCUAGGUAGAGCAGAUAGGAUAAGAGAGAAGUUGAUGAGAGGGCUUGAUCCUGUUGAUUUAGAUAUUGAGGAUUACUCUCAUGCUCAUGCUGGCCACGUGGGGAGUCGAGUUUCGCGUGGUGGGGAGACCCAUUUCAAUCUAAAAAUCGUGUCCAAGAAGUUCGAGGGGAAAAGCCUGAUCAAGCGACACCGUCUUGUUUAUGAUCUUCUGCAGGACGAAAUGGAGGCUGGGCUGCACGCGAUCUCUAUUGAGGCAAAGACCCCGUCUGAGGUUGAUGGGAGAUGAGGAUUGCAGCUUUGUUUUUCUGCAACAUUAGUAGGCAAAAUUUUUAAUCCUUUCGUCCUCCUGUUUCCGUUAUUCUGCAGUUAUUUUUAUUCAUUAUGAAGAGUUGUAUAGUAAUUAACGGUUAACGGAGACGAUACAUGACAAGAAUUUUCCUUGGAAAUCAUGAAACGAUUGCAUUUGUUAACUUAGAACAAGAACAUAUAAAGAAUCAAUAUGUGGAACUUUUUUUCC